AUGGCCUUUGGCACUACAGACUCCUAUUCCACCGAGCCCGGUGAAUUAGAGCACUGGACAGGGAAGUCUAGAUACAAAAGAACCAGCAAGAAAACCUGCACUGAACAGCUUACUCACAUUGAGCGUCGGGAGGCCCAUAUAUGUCUCAUGCACCAGAAGCUCGGCAUGUCUUCUGAGGAUUGUGCCGUUGCUACUGAUCAGGAGGCCAGCACUCUUGAUAACCAUCAUCACAUAGGAAGUCUCAAAACUCACCUUUGCACAUCACAUUCUUCUCCAAAAUGUACUCCCGCAAUCCAGCUUGCACGGAUUUUGUACCAAACCUCAAGGUUGACUUACAUCACUGCAUUUACCACGCAAACAUUAGAAAUAGACUCAGGCUGGUACAAACUCAACAUGCUACAUUUUGUUCCCAUGGCUGAAGAUGAUGCUUUCGGCUUCGUCAACCCAGCCAAUGUUCUGCAGAGUGGCCACCUAGUGCCAGCAUUUCACAAAGGGAAAUUACAUCCCAAUGGCAUUGGGAUGUCCAAAUUUGCUCAGGAUGCACAAGAUUGGAAAAAGUACUAUGUCAAUUGGUCCCAGCUAUGUUUAACGCUAAAGAAACCUACCAAUAUGUUUCUUACAGACUUGGGGUCUUUCUAUAAUGGGUUAUUGCACAACCCUGGGUUCUGGAUUGCUAUUCUGCAAAUAUAUUGGCCAUAUCAGUUCAUAUCAAUUAGUACAAUUAGUAGACAAAUGGUUUCAAGCACAGUGCCAAAACCCAAAAUGACUGUGCUUUAG